AUGUCGAUCGAAAUAGAGUCUGCCGAUGUGAUCCGAUUGAUACAGCAGUAUCUUAAGGAAUCAAAUCUUGUCAAGACACUGCAAACCUUACAGGAGGAAACUGGUGUGUCGCUGAAUACUGUAGACAGUGUGGAUGGAUUUGUUGCGGAUAUAAAUAAUGGCCAUUGGGACACAGUUCUGAAAGCUAUACAGUCAUUAAAAUUACCUGACAAGAAACUCAUAGACUUGUACGAACAGGUUGUUUUAGAAUUAAUUGAACUACGAGAAUUAGGUGCAGCACGGUCUUUAUUAAGACAGACUGAUCCUAUGAUUAUGAUGAAGCAACAAGAACCUGAGAGAUACAUUCAUUUAGAGAAUCUACUUGCACGUUCGUAUUUCGAUCCGCGCGAGGCAUAUCCCGAUGGAAGCACGAAGGAAAAACGGAGAGCGUACAUAGCCACCGCUCUUGCUGGCGAAGUGUCAGUAGUACCAUCCAGCAGAUUGCUCGCUCUGUUGGGACAAGCGUUAAAGUGGCAGCAACAUCAGGGUCUACUACCACCUGGCACUACGAUAGACUUGUUCCGAGGAAAAGCGGCGGUUCGUGACCAAGAAGACGAGAAAUAUCCGACGCAAUUGUCGAAACAAAUCAAAUUCGGUCAGAAAUCACACGUGGAGUGCGCGCGUUUUUCGCCCGAUGGCCAAUAUUUGGUGACUGGUUCAGUGGACGGUUUUAUUGAGGUGUGGAACUUCACGACCGGUAAAAUUAGAAAAGACUUGAAAUAUCAGGCGCAAGACAACUUUAUGAUGAUGGAACAAGCGGUCCUGUCAAUGUCGUUUAGUCGUGACAGCGAGAUGUUGGCGGGUGGUGGUCAGGAUGGUAAAAUUAAGGUUUGGAGGGUACAAAGUGGACUGUGUUUGAGGAAAUUCGAGAAGGCGCAUUCAAAAGGCGUGACUUGCCUACAGUUUAGCAGAGAUAACAGUCAAAUAUUGUCAGCCUCGUUCGAUACUAGUAUAAGGGUACACGGUCUUAAGUCUGGAAAGACUCUCAAGGAAUUUCGCGGUCACUCUUCGUUCGUGAACGAAGUUGUUUUUUCUUCGGACGGUCAUAAUAUAAUUAGCGCCUCGUCGGAUGGAACCGUGAAAAUUUGGAGCUUGAAGACCACCGAAUGCAUAGGCACUUACAAAUCAUUGGGAGCCGCUGAUCUCACAGUGAACAGUAUACACACCCUUCCUCGAAAUCCGGAACACUUCGUCGUGUGCAAUCGUUCUAACACGGUAGUAAUUAUGAAUAUGCAAGGGCAAAUAGUGAGAUCGUUCUCCAGCGGUAAACGAGAGGGAGGUGACUUUGUAACUACAGUGGUGAGUCCGCGUGGGGAGUUUAUUUAUUGCGUUGGUGAAGAUCUCGUACUGUACUGUUUUUCCACGUCGUCGGGAAAGCUCGAGAGAACGCUCAAUAUACACGAGAAGGAUGUAAUCGGCUUGGCGCAUCAUCCCCAUCAAAAUUUAUUAUGUUCUUACAGCGAAGACGGUUUGCUAAAACUAUGGAAACCAUAAAUAAAUCAAGAAUUCUUAUUUCUUUUUAUAUUUGAAUACA